AUGGCCGAAUACUGCCGCAAUAUUUUUGGGGACGCGCUGCUCAUCGAGCCGCUGGAGAAGUACCCGCUGCAGCCCGGGGUGCCCCUGCCCAGCCCCCAGGACCUGCUGGGCCGAAUCCUGGUGAAGAACAAGAAGCGGCGCCCGCGGCCCCCCCCGGCCCCCCCCGAGGGCAGCAGCCUCCGCAAACGCCCCCCCGAGCCCCCCCGCCGGCGACGCCGACCCCCCCGGGCCCCCGAAUGCGGCAUCACCCCCCCCGAGCCCCCCGCCGGCGACGCCGACCCCCCCGGGGCCCCCCCGGCGGAGCCCCCCGAAAGCGGCGCCCCCCCCGCGGCACCCGGCGGCGACGAGAAGGCGCCGAAGCUGGGGGAGCCCCGGAAAUCCAUCGACCGCGAGGCCGACAGCGAGGAGGAGGAGGAGGACGAGCAGCCGGAGCUGAAGAAGCCCACCACGGACGAGGGCACGGCCAGCAGCGAGGUCAACGCCACGGAGGAGAUGUCCAACCUGGUCAACUACGUGGAGCCCGUCAAGUUCAAGUCCUUCCAGGCCGCCAGCAAGCGCAACAAGGCCUUCGAGAUGUCGUCCUUCGUGGAGACCAAGGGGCUGGAGCAGCUCACCAAGAGCCCCCUCGAGUUCGUGGAGUACAACAAGAAGCAGCUGAGCCGCAUCUACCCCAAGGGCACCCGGGUGGAUUCCUCCAACUACCAGCCGCAGCUCUUCUGGAACGCCGGCUGCCACAUGGUGGCCCUCAACUUCCAGACCCUCGACCUGCCGAUGCAGCUCAACCUGGGCAUGUUCGAGUACAACGGCCGCAGCGGCUUCCUGCUCAAGCCCGAGUUCAUGCGGCGCCCGGACAAGGCCUUCGACCCCUUCACCGAGGACAUCGUCGACGGCAUCGUCGCCAACACCGUCAAGGUCAAGGUGAUUUCGGGGCAGUUCCUCUCGGACAAGCGCGUGGGCAUCUACGUGGAGGUGGACGUCUUUGGGCUGCCGGUGGACACCAAGCGCAAGUACCGCACGCGGACCUCCCAGGGCAACUCCUUCAACCCCGUGUGGGACGAGGAGCCCUUCGUCUUCCACAAGGUGGUGCUGCCCACACUGGCCUCGCUGCGCAUCGCCGCCUUCGAGGAGGGCGGCCGCUUCGUGGGGCACCGCAUCCUGCCCGUGGCCGCCAUCCGCUCCGGGUACCACUACAUCUGCCUGCGCAGCGAGAGCAACCUGCCGCUGUGCCUGCCGGCGCUGCUCGUCUACACCGAGGCCUACGACUACAUCCCCGACGACCACCAGGAUUACGCCGAGGCCCUGAUCAACCCCAUCAGGCACGUGAACCUCCUGGACCAGCGGAAGAAGCAGCUCGUGGCCCUGAUGGGCGACGGCGAG